AUGACGUUAACCCGGUCGAAAGCAAACUCACAAAGUUUUGCUCGCCGGCUGAGUCAAGGUGACCAGCAAGAAAGAGAAGUUGUGCUAUUGAGUCCAAGCGGGAUAACACCGCCGCCGAGAGUACAACACUCGCCACAAAGGACAUUAAUAAAUAAUUCCUCAAGCUCUACAACUACUUCGACUGUAACGUCACAACAAACACAAUCACGUCAGCAGGCAGGCUUGCCAGUGAUUAGAAGGCCCGUUUUUAAUCCGACAACGUCAGGGAGUGGUAACAUUAGAACUAAUACAAAUAAUACAGGUCAUAACCCUGGAUUAAAUUCGAAUAUGAAUCCUGGAAAUUUAUUGAAUUCAAAUAAUGAUAAUCGGGAUAAUUUACUAAAUCCUAAUCAUGGAGCAGGGGAUAACAAUAACCCUGAAAGAAAUACAAUUAAUUUAAACAAUGGAAAUCAAGAUUUGUCGGGGCCUAAUACAAAUAAUGCUUCAGACAUAGAUAAUAAUUUGAGUAAUUCUAAUCGUUUAAACGGUAAUCAAACAAAUAGAACAAAUCAAGGAGAGGGAUCUCAGGGACCUGAAUUAACAAAUGAUUCGAUAAAUAAUACAGAAAGAUUAAGAUUAAGUCACAAUUAUAAUAAUAACUCGUUAGAUAGAAUGGGACAGAAUGCUUGGUGCGCAUUUGAUAUUCCAAGUUCACGUACUAAUGAACAGAUAAACGGGAAUCGGUUCCCUGUCGAUACGAGGGGAGGUAGUGCUUUUUCUGAGUUAAUCUAG